CAAGUUAAAAAUCCGUGCCCAUCGCUUAGGCAACAACAACAACAAAUUCGGAAGUCGGCUUCUCCACUGACUCCAUGGCGACAGCUCCUUAUAAAUUUGCAAAAUGAAUUGAUUUCUUUGUGAAAAAAAUUCCGGCUGGCUGUCAGGAUAUCCUUUCAGCUCGCAUGUAGUAGACUUAGUUAGUUCGUCGCAUCUUAAGAAAAUGAGUGCAGAAUCAGUAAAGGUGAUAGUCAGGUGUAGGCCUAUGAAUGAAAAAGAAACAUCUGAAAACUAUGAGGGGAUUGUGAAUGUGCUACCAAAGCGAGGUGCAAUUGAAAUCCAAGCGCCUACAAAACCACCCACUUCUAGAGAAUUUACCUAUGAUGCUGUGUAUGACUCAAACUCAAACCAAAAGGAUCUCUAUGAUGAGUCUUUUAAGCCUCUAGUUGAUUCGGUACUUCAGGGUUACAAUGGGACAAUCUUUGCUUAUGGGCAGACAGGUACAGGAAAAACAUUCACAAUGGAAGGUGUCGCAAAAGACCCGGAUAAGAGCGGUGUUAUUCCACGCUCAUUUGAGCACAUAUUCAAUCAUAUUGCUCAGUCUCAUGAUCGACAAUACUUGGUGAGAGCAUCCUAUUUGGAAAUCUAUAAAGAACAAAUAAGGGAUUUGGUAUCAAAAGAUCCUAAGAAACGUCUUGAGUUGAAGGAGCAUUCUGAUACCGGAGUAUUUGUAAAAGACCUUUCGUCUUUUGUUUGCAAAAGCGUUGUUGAAAUCGAACAUGUGAUGAAUGUGGGAAACGUUAAUCGCUCUACUGGUGCUACCAAUAUGAACGAACACAGUAGCCGUUCUCAUGCAAUAUUCAUGAUAACGGUAGAAUCGUGUGACGUUGGUCAAGAUGAAGAAAACCACAUUGUGGUUGGAAAGUUAAACCUUGUCGAUCUGGCUGGCAGUGAAAGACAGACAAAAACUGGAGCAUCUGGAGAAAGACUGAAAGAAGCAAGCAAGAUCAAUUUAUCCCUUUCAGCUUUGGGCAACGUCAUAUCCGCUCUAGUCGAUGGCAAAAACGGGCAUGUUCCCUAUAGGGAUUCCAAAUUGACACGUCUCUUACAAGAUUCCCUAGGUGGUAACUCUCAUACAGUGAUGGUUGCCAACAUAGGCCCAGCUUCGUACAACUACGAAGAGACGUUGACCACACUUCGAUACGCCAAUCGCGCAAAACACAUUCGCAACAAACCCCAAAUCAACGAAGAUCCAAAAGACGCUCUCCUUCGGAGCUUUCAGCAAGAGAUUGCACGAUUGAAAGCCUCUCUAAGUAAUAAAAAAAACAAGCCAAAAAGAAAAGGUGAUGGGGGGUUGCACGACGUAUCCAAAUCUUCUGAAGAUUGGGCUGACGAUACAGAAGCUGAGCUCGAGCAGGAAAGAAAAGAUAUCCUCAACAAUAGUAGUCUCAUUGCGGAAGAGAGGGAUCAACUUCUUAAGACUCUGCAAACGAAACAAGAGGAGCUGCAUAAUAAACGCGAGAACCAAGAAAAAUUGGCGUCUCGAAUCGAAGCUCUCGAAAGCAAAUUGUUAACUGGCCAUAUAGGCACAACAUCCGAAAACGUAACCAUCGAAGACGUCACGAAGAAGCAACAGCAAACGCUAGAAGCUCACCGCCAAGAAAUUAUUGAACGCGAGCGUCAAGAGCGAGAGAUGCGCCAGAAGUUAGAAAGCCAAGACGAGGAGGUGAUUGAUUUCAAAGAGAAUUUCAGUUCACUCCAACAAGAGAUCGACUACAAAACCCGAAAGCUGCGCAAAAUGUACGCUCGCUGGCAGAGCGUCAAGCAGGAAAUGGGUGAACUCGGCGAUGAGUUUAGUCGACAACGACGUGAAUUGGAAGAAACUCAAGAAGUUCUGAUGAAGGAGCUCAGACUGAAGCAGCUGAUUGUCAGCCACUUUGUUCCUCCCGAAUUCCGACGUCAGUUAACAUCACGUCUGCGCUACGAGGAAGAUGAAGAGAGAUGGAUGUUGAGCCCAGCAACGGAGAUGCCUCUACUGCCUAGAGGUUUCGCCUCCAAGUUUGAACUGAGACCAACGUCGGAUUACGAGAAACUCGCUCGUUCAGCUGAAGAUUCUUCUUCUUUCGGUCGCUUUAAAUGUGAAAAUAUUUUUUUGCUAAGCCUGGACAUCCCCCAGCGGACCACUAAGGAAUACGAAGGCCCAGAAAUUUCUCCCACUUUGCAAGCGGCUCUCACUCAGGCCCUGCAGUCCCAGAGUCAAUCGAUGGAGGUCCAGUCAUCGAAAUACAAACCGGUGGACAUUCAUUCUUUUUUAAAAUCGGCCUGCCGUCGCAAAAUGCAACUCAUUCAGCGUCCGAGAUCGCGCAAUUCGGCCAAAUUCAACAACUCGCCAUCGCAUAAGCGUUACCCCCAAGGCCAUGCGCCGGAUGGAACCAACAUAACAGCCGCACCGUAUCCCAAAUCACGAGGUCUUGUACCAAAGUAGCCAAAGUAGAGAACCCGAUCGCCAUCCACUUCCUGGUUCACGCUCAACCAAGAGGAUGGCCUCGGCCUUUACCGGGUAGUUUGUUGCGUAAGUUGCAUUUGGAGAGUACGCGUAAGCAUUCUCUCCUCAUCGGCUGCGAUCCCAAACGUCACAUCAACGCUCUGACCUUCCUGGAUUUG